GCAACACGAAGCCAUUGACUUUGAAGACAGUUAAAAUAGAGGCAUUGGCUGUGAACACUGUCACUUACCAACGAUAUAGUGCGACUGUAGAUUGGCUCGCACAGCGACCAAGAGUGGGGUGGCGUUCAACAUGAGUAUAAAAACUCUCUGGAGAGGAUUGCGUCCGGGAUUGAGGUACAUUGAGCCCUCUUCGUCUCUAUGUUCGACCGCUUUCUUUUCUACAAACGCUACUGAUGAAACGUUCUGGCAUGUCAAGCGUACUCCAAUCAUUGCGUACCCUCAAUCGGCCACCAAAAAAGUUCCUUCACAUAUUGUGCGUCCGCCAUACGCCGAUUCCGGUAUACUUCCUGUGAGCCGCUAUGGCGAUGACAUUGUGUUGCACGACAAAGUUUCGCUAAAGCGAAUGACUGAUGCGGCCCGUUUGGCCCGAAGUGUUUUGGAUUUAGCAUGCUCUCUCGCGAAACCGGGGGUUACAACUGAUGAGAUUGAUACUGCCGUCCACGAAGCAAUCGUGGAAGCGAAUGCCUACCCGAGCCCACUGAAUUACUGUUGGUUUCCAAAGUCUUUGUGCUCGUCUGUGAAUGAGGUAAUUUGCCACGGUAUUCCAGAUUAUAGGCCUCUGCAGUUCGGUGACAUAGUCUCUUUUGAUGUCAGUUGCUUUUUGAAUGGAGUUCACGGCGAUAACUGUGCAACUGUUAUUGUAGGGGAUAGUCAAGAGAAAGACGAAGGCGUACAGGCAGCACGGGAGAGUCUCUAUGCCGGCAUAGAAACGUGCAAACCGGGUAGCUGUCUUUCUAGCGUUGGCUCAGCCAUUCAAGACGUGGCCGAAUCCUACGGAUUAAGCUCAGUCGAAAAGUAUCGCGGCCAUGGUAUUGCGGAUGAAUUCCAUAUCGCCCCAUACGUCAAACAUUAUCGAAACACUGACAAGGUUGUUUUAAAACCCGGAAUGAUUUUUACUAUUGAACCAAUGUUGACCAAUGGCGCUUCUACGUGCUACGAAUGGGACGACGAUUGGACUGUUGCUACCGCUGAUGGAAGCCUAGCUGCCCAAUUUGAACAUACUAUACACAUUACCGAAAAUGGCGUGGAAAUUCUAACUCUUCCCGAGUAAUAUUAACAGUAAGGGGAUGCGUUGUUAUUAACCAAGAGGAGCACCGAUUCGUUGGAUAUAGCAGCAUCACAAAGGUUGGACAGCGACGACACCUAAACGAAUUCCUGCCUCAUCUCAAUCGAAAAGCAUUCGAUGACGUCUCCUGUUUGGUAGUUGUCAAAGCCGUCCAGCGAUAGCCCACAAUCUUUCCCAUUCGAUAGUUCAUUAACGUCAUUUUUGAAGUGCUUCAAACUAGUCGCUCCAAGUGCGUCCAUAGGAGUAAGGGGCUUACCGUCGCGAAAGACGCGAUACUUGGCCUCCAGUUGGCCAUUCUUUCCUUUGCACUUCUCUCUAUAAAAAAUCCCUUCUGAAAUGUUUAGACCAGCGACUCGAUUUUCGAUACCUCCGAUGUCAAAAACGGCCUGGACUUUUCCUCGACCAUGAACAAUCUCGAAUGGGGUACAUGGGAAAUGCUUAACAAAUUCAUUCUUCGCGUCUUCAAGCAGUCGGUAAAUGACGUCAUUUGAAACCAAUGAUAUGCCUUCACUCUCAGCCAUGCUAGCAAUCGUUUGUUCAUUUUUCAAAUUGAAGCAAAAAAUUGAGGCACCACAUUCCUUGGCCAUUUCGAUAUCCGUGGCAUGAAGUGGGCCCACUCCCACCUUUAUGGGGUCGAUGCAGACAUUUAAUGUAGAUUCAUCAGCAAUAGCGACAAGAGAGUCCCGAAUUGCGUCCAAAGUACCGUCGGCGUCGGCGCGCAAGAUGACUGGGAUGCGAAUUUGCGAUUCGUCCUCGCCUUCCAGUCCAUGUUUCUCUUCAAAGGCUUCCCGCCAUCGAAAGUUCAUAAGGUGCUUCCCUGCACUUUGUAUUUCUGCAUCAUUUUUGUUUUGCGUCACGGAUUCUGUUUUGGCAGAUAAAGCAGCUUGCCGACUCGCAAUAAGCUGAUCUGCUGCUUCCUCGGAUGCUACACAGACUAUGGGCUCACCGGCUUUUGGCACAGUAUCGAAACCGAUUAUUCGGACUGGCUGUGAUGGUACGCCUCUCAAAAGUUGUUUGUUGCUUACAUCCUUGAGAAGUCUCACUUUCCCUGUGUUUGUGCCACUGACAACUAUGUUGCCUUUUUCCAAAGAACCCCAUCGAAUGAUACAAUCAGCAACAAUGCCCAGACCUUUGUCGACUUUUGCAUCCAUGAUGAUGCCUUCGCAACGCGUAGAAUCGUCGGCCCUAAGAUCCAUCACCUCACUCUGUAAAACCAAGCCUUCAAUUAAAUCGUCUAAUCCUUGUCCCGUAAGCCCAGAAACCGGUACAAGCUGAACAGGAGGACCAUAUUCCCCAUCCUGAUCAGAAGGCAUACCCUCCGUUAGGAUACCAUGUUCCAAUAAUUGACUCUCAAUUCGCAUGCGAGCCUCGUCUACUUCGAUUCCGGGUUUGUCGAUCUUGUUCAUUGCAAUGACUAACGAUAUUCCAGAACCACCUGAGCUAGUAAUGAUUGACUUGUAAAAAUCCAAAAUCUCAACAGUUUGUUCGGAUACUCCAUCAUCUGCUGCAAUCACCAAAACAAGGAUAUCAGCCGCAUCGGAACCUGACUGCCUCAUUGUUUUAAAGGCAGCAUGGCCCGGUGUGUCUAAAAAUGUAACAGCGCCGACAGCAUGAUCCAAUAAGGGUACUUGAAAAGCGCUGAUUACUUGCGUGAUACCCCCCGCCUCUGUCCCAGCAACGUCUCCACCUCCUUUUGGAGUUCCUUUACCUUUCGCUUUGCCUUUGUCUUUCUUUUUCUUCUUGGAACUGGAAGGAACACCACCUUGAGCUCGCCGUCUAAGUGCAUCCAUUAAAGUCGUCUUACCAUGAUCAACAUGACCCAUAAUGCAGACAACGGGUGGUCUCGGGGGCAAGCUUUCAUAGGGUACCUGGCCUUCUUGGACUUCUUCAUUUGCCGCAGCACGGCGCUGCAUUAGUAGGGCCUCAUCGUCUUGAGACUCACGGCUUUUAGCACGUUGGAACGACCGCCCAAGUUCUAUCGCGAUAAGUUCCAUUGUCUCCACUCCGACAAUCAAGUCUUCAUCUGACUUUUGGUGAUCCUCUUUCGAGUACUCUCCAAUCGAGCGAAGGGUUUUCCUUAGCUCUAUGGCUUUUUCGCGAAAGAGGCGGGAAGUUUCGGAGAGUGAAAGAGAAUGGUUCGGAAUGACAGCUAUCAGCGAUUUAGGAUCGACAAAAACAGGGGCUGUUUUUUUAAUGUGAGAGGCUCUCGAGCGUCGAUACUGCAUACUAUCGGGGCGUCGUCCAGCUCUACCGUCGAUACGCUUUCUCUUGUCGUCCUGCCGCUGUUGGCGGAGGCCUAAUGUGGAUUCCCGAGAUUUUUGGGAUUGCAAACGCCACUUUGGUUUUUGAUAAUCCAGUAUCCUUUUUGGACUUGUCUGACUAUCGCGUUGAACAUUCUUAUUUUUGUCAGACAGCAUCGAUUGGAGAAACUCCGACAAAGGCGAGUCAAAUUUUUGGGGGGACGAGUCUGUUGACCGACGCUCCUCUCCCUUUUGGAUGAAGACAUUUUUGGUCCAGGAGUAUUCAAAUUGACCAAGCCUAAGUCAAACCGCAAAGAUUUAUUCUUUCCACCAAGCGAAUCAGGAUUUUUAAGAAACUUUCGACGAAGGGUGUCUUCUUCCUUCUGUUGCUGCGUACCAGUUGGACGAAAAAAAGAUCGAGCGCUUUUUUUCGAAUCAGAUUGGUUCGAAUUUUCCUUGGGCGGACGAGCGAAGAAUGUGCUCAUUAUAUUGUUCACUUCUUUAGCCUUCUCUAUCUCGCUGUCAAAAUCUCUCGUAUUUUGCGAUCGAACCUGGCUUUGGUUCGCGUAGUAUGCCCCACGUUCGGUCUUGCUGCCCCAUCUUCUUGGUUUCACACUGAUAUGGGUUCGACUCUUUCUGUCACGCUGCUUACCAUCCUUCCAGGAUGGAGCUUCGUCGUCAUCCCUCAGCGUGCUAUUUAAUCUCCGUGUAUCAGAAAGAGCCCCUGAUCCGGAUGAAAACGCUGCUCUGACUCGACAACCUGAAAACGACAACGAUCGGCGUUUUGUUGCCGACGCAGCAAGUCUUAGCAUGAUACUUCAACUAUUCUUUCUAGCUCCUGCACUGCCCUCGUAUCUCUACUCUUUUGUAAACAGAA